CUCGCCUUUCUUUCUUUCUCUCCCUCCUUUGGCUUGCCUUCUUCCUCCUUGCUUCCUUCAGAGAGAGAGAGAGAGAUUAGAUCCAAAGAGAGGGAGACCUCGUUUCCUAGGCAGGCUGGUGUCUGGAGGAUGCGCGCCCCAUAGGCCCCAAUGGAGGGCGGCGGGGGCUCCUCUCGCCCCUCGCCAUGAGGACCCCCCGACGACGGAGCAGCGAGCCGCUCGCCUUCCUCCUCCUCCUCCUCCUCCUCCCCUUGCUGGGCUUGGCCAAGGGCUCCGGCUCCUGGAGCAGCCCCUCGCCCCCUUCCACCCGAGCCCAGCCCUCCCCCAGCCCAGAUGCGCCCCUUGGAGACCCCCAGGCCGAGGAGGGAGAAGGAGGAGAGCCUGGCUCCUCGCCUGCGCCCCCCACGCCCACAGCCCCUCCCCAGGAGGAAGAAGAGGAGGAGGAGGAGGAGCCCCUGGGCCACAGCGGGACAGACUUCUGUAACUGCAGCCUGGUCGGGAGCAGGGGCUUCAGCGACUGCAAUGUGACGACCGGUCAGUGUGAAUGCCACCCGGGUUACAUGGGUCAGCUGUGCGACCGAUGCGAAGAGGACCACUUCCGGGACCCGAGCAGCGGGCAAUGCCUUGCCUGUGGCUGUCACCCCGAGGGCUCUCUCUCCCCGUCCUGCCUCAGCUCCGGAAGAUGCCAGUGCAAAACGGGGGCCACGGGCCCGAAAUGUGCCCAGUGCCAGGAAGGGCACUCCAAGUUCAACGGGACGACCUGCGAACCAUGCCGGUGCAACAACCGCUCCACGAAAUGUGACCCUCGGACAGGCACUUGCUUGGACUGCCAAGGCAACACCGAAGGCAUCCACUGUGAGAAGUGCAAAGGGCAGUUCUACCAGAAUGACUCUCAGUCCCACGAGUGUCUCCUUUGCCCCUGCUCCACCGUGACGUCCAGCGGCAGCUGCCGGAUAGAUCCCGGUGAGCGCUCCCCGACUUGUGACAAGUGCCGGCCUGGCUACACCGGGCCCCUCUGCAACCAGUGUGCCAACGGCUACUACAGCUCUGACAGCAUCUGCGUCAGAUGUCACUGCAAUGGGAAUGUCGACCCGGUCCGGACGCUGAGGGUCUGCAAGGUGGAGACGGGAGAAUGCCUCGGGUGCCUCUAUCACACGGCGGGGCCUCGCUGCGAAACGUGCCAAGAAGGGUACGCCAGGCUCUCGGAAGGAGGAAACUGCACCAAGAAAGAAUACACUCCUGUCCCGGCGGUGAGAGAGCCCGUCCCUACAGUCCCAAACGUUAGCACGUCGACAUCUUUCCCCACGACGGCGGAGGCGGCCACCAACGCCACGGCGGCCCCGACCACGGCUCCGACCGCCUUCCCCAUCGGCUCCUCCGACAACAGCACCUCCGCUUUGGCCGACGUCUCUUGGACCCAGUUCAACAUCAUCAUCCUCACCGUCAUCAUCAUCCUGGUGGUUCUGUUGAUGGGCUUCGUGGGCGCCGUUUACACGUAUCGCGAGUAUCAGAACAGGAAGCUCAACGCCCCGUUCUGGACCAUCGAGCUCAAGGAGGACAACAUCAGCUUCAGCAGCUAUCACGACAGCAUCCCCAACGCGGACGUCUCCGGAUUGUUGGAGGAUGAUGGGAACGAGGUGGCUCCCAACGGACAGUUGACGUUGGCGACCCCCAUGCACAACUACAAAGCUUAGCCCAGGGUUUCAAUGCAGAGACCCCCUUGAGCAAAACCACAAAGGGCUCCUUGGCAGAUGGUCAUAUUUUCCUGGGGCCAACUUUGAGGUCAAGACGUUGGCAUUUCGGGUAAAAUCCCAGGCUUCAUUGUGUUCAUCAUUCUCCAUCAAAACCCAUGGAUUGUCGCUUGUAUUUAAGUGAAGCGGAGCUGCUUUGGAAUCUAUUUUUCUAUGAAAAGAUGGAGUCAUACCAAGGAGUCAUCUCAUCACAAAUCCAAAACUGUAUCGACGCCAGGACUUAAUUUUUGUAAGGUCCUUACAGACCUGUAGGAAAUGGACCUUUGUGCUUUUUUGGAAACGAAAGAGGGAACCCAGACUUUGUUCUUUGCCUUGAAAGAGUUUUGCUAUUUAAAAAUGAAUGAAAAUCUAUGUUUUCCACUAUGGCUAGGACUAACCGAUAACAGCAAUCAAAGCUUUGCCGUUGACUCUUGAGUAUCCAGAAAAGAAAUCAAACUUUUUUGCCCCGAGGAAUAACCUGUCGAUGGCUCGCCCUCUACGUUUUCUGAGAACCUCAUUCUAUUUGAAAUGCAGGAAUCCAUUUAUUUUCUUAGCUUUACCGAACCUGAAUUCUCCCAAAAGAAGAAACGGCACGGCAUCCACGAGUCUCCCGUCCAUGGUGGAAACGGUGCGCCUUCAGAAUGUAAUACAAAGAUUCCUCGGCACUGUAUUUGUAACUGUUUGUACAAAAGUCUCGCAGGCCAUAUUUUAUCUGUACAGUGGUUCAUGACGUUGUUUAAAAACAAAACAAAACGAAACCAAGAAGGAGGAGAGCAAGUAUUGUAUUAAAGCCCUUGUAAAUUGUGAUGGCAAUACCGUUGGAGCUGGGUCUCCGGCAAAGGGAGACUGCAUGAAUCGUUUCGUGAAAUCGGCCUUGCAUUGGAUCCGGCCAAAUACUUUUACCAAAUCGGGGAGGACGACGACACCUUGGCUUGAGCAUCUCAGAUUCAACUUGAUACCAUGAAGGGAUAGUGUACAUAACGGAGAUAAUCCAGAACGAAAGGUAAAGGACACGAGGCUGGAGCUUGGGGAGAAGAGGCCUUGGUGGAAUGCAGCAUUCUACGCUUCGAAAACACUCCCAUUUAUUUAUUCCUUUAACUCACGUUUACGGAGAUUUGGGAUACAGGUUGCACUCUCACUUCCAAACACAACUAUUGGCUAUGUUUUUUUCCCCUUCCUCUUCCCCUGAGCAUAUGUUGAGCUAACAAAAUACAGUUAUUUGGGGAGGAAAGUGGGAGGGAGCCUGGGAAUGGGGACGGGUUGAGGGACGCGAAUGGUCGGAAUAUAUGUUGGAAUUUAUACGGAAGAAUGUUAUUUAAAACGAAUUAAAAUUUUAAAAAAUGUAUAUAA